GCGGCGGCGGCGGCGAUGGCGCGGCCGGCGGCCCCUGCGACCCCCGCCCUGGGCGCGCUGCGGGGGUACCGCGCCUACGCGCGCCGCUGGGUGUUCCUGCUGGUGCUCAGCCUGCUCAGCUGCUCCAACGCCACGUCUCUCCCCUGCUGGGGUCCACGGUGACCUGUUACCUGUUGUAGGACUGUCCCCACUGCUGGCAGGGACCCGGCUGUGUUCACCGCCACAGCCCUGAGACCUGCACAGAGCCAGCUGGUGAGCAGGGGCCUGGCAAGGGAGAGCCAGGUCCGCCAGGCCCUGGGGCCCGGCCCUCCCAGCCUGCUUCUCCCGUACUCUCCCCGCAACACCCAGUCGCUCUGCCCAGAGGCUUGGGACCCUCUUUUCCCAGCCCAUCACAUACAGGUGGGCUCAGCCCCGUGUUCCCUGGACAGGUUCUUCCAGGCAGGUGAGCAGAUGGUGGGGCUGGGAGCCGCCGGAGGAGGCAGGGCUGCCGGCUCAGCAGUCAGGCUACGUGCUGCUCACACAGGGCCCCACUGGGCACCCCCACGUCUCACCUCCCUGGCGCUGCCUCUCAUGCAGGUGACUCCUCAGUCUCCCACAGAAUCCAGGACUCGUCGGCAGCAUUUGGCCACCAUGCAACCACAUAAUGUAAAGUUGGUGGUUGGCACAGGACCUGCAACUUGGGGAGGGUGCUGAGCAGCAGAGGGACAGUCAGGAGGCACAGGGGUGGGGCGGGCAGGUGUGGACAGUCCUGGCAGACACUGCCUUCGGGACACUCUGGGCAGCAGCCACUCUUGGACAUCAUUCCAAACUUCUCAGGGCCUUUUCCCACCUGUCCCUGCUGGACAGGGUGUGGGGAGCCAGCCCUGGGCUCGGACAGGCAGCAUCUGUGGCCAGGUCUGGGGACUGCCGUGACUCCAGAAACUUCUUUUCUCCACGGACUCAUUGCUGUGGCUUGGCCCCCAGGUCCCUUUGUCUAGCUGUGGGGAAGUGGGCACGGCUUUGGGUGCAGUGGUCUGAGGGUGCAGAGCAGGGGGCCUCCUUGGCCCUUGGAACUGCUUCAGUGAAUCUGAGGACAGGCGUUGUGGCGGCGUUGAGAAGUUCCUUGGACAGUGCGGCGGUGUCAUGCUGCACCCCCUUUAUCCACAAGUCAUUAUGGAACAAACAGGAAGAUCGCCAGCAGCUGUCCAGGCCCCUGUUCUGGGCAUCACAGGGAGCCCUGACCAUCAGGCUUAGCCAGUCCAAUUAGCUCCUCGUUUAGCCCGCCGUAGCUGGGUGAGCAGGGCUCCCAGGUUCCGAGAGGGCAGUGUGAGCGGCAGGUGGGACGGUCCUUGGAGUGGCCCUGGAGAGGCUCAAGGAGACAGCCCAGCAGUCAGGGAGAGCCAGGUUUGGGGGCAACCACCUUCAUGCCCAAAGGGACAUGAGGCACUGCCUGGAAGGCCGGGCAUGUGGAAGGGGAUUCCUGUGCAAUGGGGACAGAUUGCCAUCCUCACAUUGCCUCGCGCGUUUUAGACCCGUCUGCCUCAACAGCUCCAGCUCUGGCAAGGAACAAGGAUGGGGCGCUGCUGGUAAGGGCAGGGUUGGAGAAAGACAGCCUGCUGUCUCUCUGCAGGGCCAGGCCUGCAUUAGGCUCUUUCUGAACCUGAGAGAUUUGUCCCUGCUCUGUCGUGGGAAAAAAGGAAGAAGAGAGGGCUGUUGCUCAAGCUUGCUGUCAUGUGAGGCUCUGUGGUCAGAGCUCUGCGUGGGUCAGGAAGGCUGGGUCUUGGCUUCUCCGGGAGGCUGUGGCCUCAGGCAAGCUCCUACCUUCCUGGGUCCUCUGACUUGGAGUGACCGUGAGCUUUGAUGUGUGACACCCUGGUCUUUGGCCCUCCCUGGCCCACCUCCUUCCCCUCUCCUGCAGUAAGCUUUGGGGAGACCUUCCUGGCCUUCUAGCCCAUCCUUCAGGGGCAAGACACUGUCACCUCCUCCACUGUGAACCUUCCCCACUGACCCAGUCUGUGGGGUUGAGACCUGGCACCUGAGCGCCAGGAGCUGGGAAAUGUCACCUGCUUUGGGGAGGAUCUUAUCUCCCAACACCUGGGUCUCCUGCAAGGCGGUCAGACUGGCCGUGGGCAGGGCCAGCCCACAAUCCAGGUUUUUCCCACCUGGACCCAAGUUUGCAGACAGGCUGGAGGUGCUUUUUGGGCUCCCUUCUGCCCCCUACCCCUCGAAACAUCUCUCCCACUCAGCCCCUCCCUGGCUCUGGGUCAUCCCACCUUCCUGCCCUUGUCCACCUGGGUGUCUGCCACAGGAACUGGGUGUCCCCCAAAAUCUGCUCCUCCUCCCAGCCCUUCUGGGCAAACUACUCAUGCAUAUACUUGAGGUCCAGGGCCAUUAGCUCCCCUCAUCCUGACCCCUCCCACCCUCCUGUGCUCCAGUGCUGUCCAGUGCCUAAUCUAGGCCCCUUCAUGCCCACCCACCACACAGUGCCCCCUGCCACCCAACACAGUGGGCACCUGCCUCCUGCUGAAGCCCUCAGGGCCUUCUCCUUGGAGGGUCAGUCCUGGCGGGGCUCCUGGCCCUGACCAGGUCAUUGGCGUCCGUCUACCACCCACCCCAGGACCACUCCUUCAAAGAUCGUGCUGGCCCACAGCCCAGGCAUGCUGUCUGAGCCCCCGCCCUUGGGGUGACUGAGUGAAGACCAUGGCCUCUGUGGGGCUGCCGGAUCCACCCCCUCCCUCAGGCUGGCCAUGCUGGCUGGCCAAGCCUGGGAGAGCCGGGGCUGCGGUGCCUGGGCACCGGCUCCUGGGCUGACACCGUGUGUAUCCCUUAGCUGUGGCUCAGCUUCGCGCCCGUGGCUGACACCACUGCCCGGCGCUUCCUCCUCUCCACCAAGCAGAUCAACUGGCUCUCAAUGGUCUACCUUGUGGUGUCCAUCCCGUCUGGUGUGGCAGCCAUCUGGUUUCUGGACUCCGUUGGGCUCCGCUGGGCUACCGUCCUGUGUGCGUGGCUGAACUUUGCUGGGAGUGUGCUCCGCUCCGUGCCCUGCAUGCUGGUCAAGGUCCAGGACCCGUUUGCCUUCCUCAUGAGUGGGCAGAGCCUCUGUGCCCUGGCCCAGACCCUGGUCAUCUUCUCUCCAGCCAAGCUGGCUGCACUGUGGUUCCCUGAGCACCAACGAGCCACGGCCAACAUGAUCGGCACCAUGUCAAACCCCCUGGGCAUCCUGGUGGCCAACUUGCUGUCACCUGCCCUAGUGAAGAAGGAGGAAGACAUCUCCAUGAUGCUGGGCAUCUACAUCAUCCCUGCCGGCCUCGCCUGCCUGAUGGCCACUGCAUGCCUCUGGGAGAGCGUGCCCCCCACCCCACCCUCUGCCGGGGCCGCCCGCUCCACCUCAGAGAAGUUCCUGGAUGGGCUGAAGCUGCUCACAAGGAACAAGGCCUACGUCACCCUGGCUGUGGGCUUCGGGGGUGGCAUCGGAGUCUUCACCAGCUUCUCAGCCCUGCUGGAGCAGGUCCUCUGCGUGAAGGGCUACUCCAAUGAAUUUGCAGGCCUGUGUGGGGCUCUCUUCAUUGUGUUUGGGAUCCUGGGGGCACUGGUUCUCGGGUUGUAUGUAGACCAGACCAAGCGCUUCACUGAAGCCCUCAAGAUUGGACUCUGCCUGACCUCCAUGGCCUGUGCGGCCUUUGCUGUGGUGUCCCAGCUGCAGGACCAGAAACUCGCGCUGGCCGCCACCUGCUCACUGCUGGGGCUCUUUGGCUUCUCGGUGGCACCUGUCGCCAUGGAGCUGGCAGUCGAGUGCUCCUUUCCUGUGGGUGAGGGUGCGGCCGCAGGCCUGGUCUUUGUGCUGGGGCAGGCUGCCGGCAUGCUCAUCGUGGUGCUGCUGACGGCCCUGCCUGUGCGCCGUGCACAGCCAUCUGUGUCUACCUGCCAUGACGGCCAGGACCCGCUAGACUGGCAGGUGUCCGUGCUGCUGAUGGCCGGCUUGUGCACCUUCUUCAGUUGCCUCCUGGUCCUCUUCUUCCGCACCCCGUACCGGCGCCUGCAGGCCGAGGCCAGCGGAAGCCCCUCAGUCCAGGAGGACGUAAGCCCGGCAGCCACAGACCGCACACCCCACCCGGCCGCCGCCCCCUGUGGCUCCUCUGAGCCCCGCACAGCUCCUGCAGGAAGCGUGGGGGCAGCUCCGCUCCAAAGCUCAUGGCUGGAACCGGCUCUCCUGACCCUGCCUCCCUGCUCCUAGGAGCCCCGAGUCCCAAAGCCCCUGAACGUAAGAGACACCACAGGCCCUGCAGGGGCCCAGGGGGCAGUUAGCACGUCAAGAAGUAUCCUGGGAUGUGACAGGGGUCAGGGAGAGGCAGGCGCCGUCACCUCAGCUGUGCCCACCAUGGCCGAGCCUGGGAUAGGGUGUCUUGCAGAUGCCACAGGGACUCUGUCCUGGGCACGCUCAAGGCACAGCAUGGUGGCCUCUCCCGCUGCGAGAAGAGCUGCUGUGUACCAGCCAGUGGCCACUGACCAGGCAGGAUGCGCCAGGGGCCAGGCCAGGCCCAGGGUAGCUGGUGCAGGCGCAGCAUAUGGAAGGGUUGGCCUGGCAUAAGGGGCAUUUGCUGAGGGGAAGCUGGAUGGGUCGGAGGGUCCGAAGGCCUCCAGCCCGGCCGAGUCCGGAGAGGACAGGCACGGGGCAGGCCUCCCCUGAAGUAGCCUGUCCCAGAGUCUCUCAAUCUCUGCAGACCACUGAGAGGCCAGACCCCCUGCACAGGAGCCAGGCCAGGUGGGGGGAGCAGGUGGAGCCGGGCUGGGCGUGGACGGGGAAGCAGGGGAGGGCCCUGCAGGCAGACACUCCGCUCCAGACCCCUUACCCGCUCCGGACCCUCCCAGGCCGUGAGGGACGGCCCCACCCUGUGGACGCUGCCUCCCCUCCACAGACGGUGACAGGCAGGGCGUGGCUGUGCGUCUAUCGAGCUGGCCAGGCCUGGGGCUGCCCCACCCCUCCUCCUCUGCCCUGUGGCCAGCACGCAGCCCAGGGCCUGGUAGCAGAGGCAGCACCCAUGCUGGCGACCUGGAACAUCUGGCUGGCCUGCGAGCGGCGGUUUGCUGGCGGGCGUCAGACCAGGCUGGAGGGCAGGCAGCAACAGGGUGUCCAAGGGCCCCAGCCGGCCCUGAAUUACAGGCACUGAUCCAG